AUAUUUCUAAACGAUUCGAUUCUAUUUCUAAACAACUCCACGUAAUACAACAAUAAUAAACACAUAUCGAUGAGUUAUGAAAGGAUACCCUCUGAAGCAAACAACGAGAUAUUAUUUGAGUCGUUUGAACAGGGUCAACAGGAAGACGACACUAGACUAACCCUGUCCAGUUCAGAAAGCACCCCUAGUCUACAAGAAACUACACACACCAGUUCCCAACGAGAACCACAACUACAUGAAUCGUCAUCAAGCUUAACCGCAGACUUGGAGGCUGGGUUUACAACCGAUACCACCCACGCCACUACUGUCCGUACGAGAAUAAUACGCUUCUUCAACGCUAUUGUCCCCAUAAGGCAAACUUACGAACGUAUAAACAAUGGAUUAACUACAGGACGCAUGCAACUGAACCAACCAGGGAGAUUUAUUGGCCAAGGGACUGACGGAGUAUUCCGGAAUCUUGCAGCAAAACCAGAUACUGAAGCUAGCUUACAAUUGAAAGAAACAAAUCCACCCUCAUACGAAGAAGCUGCAGCUGAUUCUGCACCAGAAUACUGGGAAUCACUGGUGAUUUCGCCCAUGUAUGAAGAUGAAGUGUUUGUUGAAGGUUUGCCUGUGGGUAACAUAGCUAAUUUUGUCUGGAACGCCUUGGUUACUAUUGCCUUCCAGUUUGUCGGGUUUGUAUUGUGUUAUUUAUUACAUACCAGUCAUGCUGCAAAGCAUGGACUGAGGGCAGGUUUGGGAAUAACGUUGAUCAUGUAUGGUUGGUCCAUUGUGCCUACUAAUUUCGGUCAUCCUGAUAAAGUGCCGCUGAGAUUCAUACCGCAAGAUCCGAACUCAUUUGAUAUUGACAAGUCCUCCAGAAUCGGUGGGAAGAUUGACAACUAUACACCCACAGGGGUAUUUGUUCAGAAUGAUGAGGUUGUUCAGGAUUCUGGUAAUGCUCCAUAUGUAGCGUAUGGACUUGUUGCCUUUGGAUUAUUUAUAAUCAUCAAGAGUUUGAUUGAUUAUUACCGAGUUAAAAAGACAGAAAGAGCUAUAUUGUCCCCACGAGUAGAAGCCGCUGCUGCUGCGGCAGCGGCAGCAACAGCCACCACUACCACUACUACUACUGCUGCUGCUACCACAACCACCAAUGAAAGCACAUCACCAGAACCCCAACAAGUAUAGAACAUAUAAAUAGAACUAUUAAUGUAUUAUUUUCUAUAUUCGUUAUUUAUCCCAUCAAUACUAACAUCUUUUCAUAAAUAGUAAAUACAAUACCUCCACUCAAUACCAAUCUUCCUAAUCUUGGAGUAGCACCUUUCCAGAAAGUUAACAAUCCUUCUUGUUUGAAAAUCUUGACAAAACAAUCAAUCGUGCUCUUGUAUAACUUAUCAGCACCCAAUGCUUGCAUUCUCGUCUUGACUGUGUCUAUAGGCAUGGUAGUGUAAACAGUGAUGAUACCAGCAAAGGACCCAACUGCGAAAGUGGCGCCUGAAUUCAAAGGAUCAGUAGGCUUUUGACCCUGGGCUUGCUGAAUCAUGGUUUUAAUAGCAUUAUAACUACCCAAUCUGACGGCUUGGUUAGAAGCUUGUCUUAAACUUACAGGGACAACACCGGCAUAAAUUCCUUUGAAUCCCAUAUCUUUGACUAGUUUAACAGUUCCUGAUACCAACCCAUUUUGAUAUUUAGGUUUAGCUGUUUGUUUAUCAUCAAUCAAUGCCGUCUUAAUGGCUUCAAAUGGAGUCACGGCAAUGACACUCUCCAAUAACCCGGCACCUAACCCGGCAAUCACACCUCUCGGUCCACUCAAUUUUCCAUUCUUAUCCGCAAGCAAGGCCUUGAUGGAAUCAAACCCAAGGAAUCGUACUGACGCCUUGACAGUGUUACCCACCACGAAAGCGGGACAGCCUACGUAUAAUGCCAGAACACCUUGAGUUUUGGCAAUUGUGUAGAUAAGAACAAGUGGAUUACGUGAAGUGAUGGCGGAUUUCAGCACGAGUUGAAGUCUAGUUUUAGCGAAUUCAAAUGGAUAUGUGAUGACACCUUCGACUGCACCGGCUGUACCUCCGGCAAUAAACGAUUUGAAUGGAUCUACUUUCUAAGAUCAUGUUAGUAUUUGCAUUAUAUAUAUAUAUUAUGCAAUUGACAUACUUUAUCGGAUUUACUCAUGGUUAGAUAUGGCUAUGGAU